AUGUCACCAGACACCUUCAGAACCAGCCCAGUGGAGCAGGCUCCUGCUGUUCCCUUCAGCGGCCACAUCAACGAGGGACUGCGGGUAGGGGAGAGGUUAAUCGUGGUGGGCGUGGUGGAGCCUAGGCCUGACAGGUUCUACAUCCUGCUGUCAUGCGGCCCGGGCCUGGGGCAGAGGCCCCCCUCUGACGUGGCGCUGGAGCUCUGCGUCCUCAUGAAGGAGUCCCAGGUCCUGUGCAGGGCGCGUGUGUCGGGGCGCUGGGGCGCAGCGGAGAGGACCGCCCCCUUCUUCCCCUUCAUCCACCAGCCGUUCAGGAUUGAUAUAUCAUGCCAACAAAGUCAAUUUCAGAUUUUUGUUGAUGGACAGCAGCUGUUGAGUUUCGGCCACAGAGUUCCCCGUCUCCAGGACAUUGAUACGUUGUGGAUUGCGGGGGCUCUGAGGAUCACUAAACUGGGCUGAAGGACUCCAGAUUCAUGGGCUGCUCAAGCUACAUUCUCCCCUGCUUACAUACAUCCUCUCUUUAAAACAGCUGGAAGUACCAUGCUGAAUGUUUGGAUACAGAUAAUAAAGAAGUACUUGUUUAUGAAGAAUCUGUCAAACUCAGACCCAAAGUUGUGUGUCUGUGUGUGUGUGUGUGUGUGGGGGGGGGGGGGGUGAGUGUUCAGCUUUAAAGGCCUACGUGCAGGUUAACCAGAAGUUUUGAUGAAUGGGUACAUAAAGCACUCAAAAUAUCAUUUAUAAAAUGUCUCCAAAAUAGUUUUAAAGUCCAGUUUUGGGCGAGUGUUUUCUAACACCAUUCGGCGACGACGUCACGUUGGGGAGACGUGGUGGAAGGUAGCCUCAACCUAGUACUAGAACUAUGGCGUCUAAGAGAUGUCAAGAACCACAAAUAACACAGCCGUAUAAUUUUGAACCUGUCAGAUGUGAGAGGGCGAAUGAGGAAUUGCAGAGAACUGAUGGCGGUCAAAGCCAAUUAAAUGCAUGGUCAGAGGGGAAUGAAUGAGCUACUAUCAUUUAGUAACGCAGCAACGAGCGCUGGAGCUAGUCAAUGAACAGCAGUGCAUACAAUAACGACACUUUUAUUUAUUUUUACUGUCAGUGAAAAGCACCGAGUGAAAGUCAACGUUUUCUUUAUAUCUAUUGACAGUGAUUAUGUCGUUCAGAUGAGUAUCGUAAACCUAGUCAGAAGAUCUAGAAAUAGAAGGCAUAAUGCUAGCUAUGGGACCUUGCCAGUCCCACCUGUGAAAUCUCCCCCAGUUAAUCCCUAAUUAAAUCUUAGCCCCGACGUUGUAAUCAGAUUUCCGAUUAGUUAUCCCACGUUUUGAUGGUAGCCUACUAGCUCCAGUAACAACAUCUUUGCCUAGUGUUUAUUUCUAAGCUUGAUUUCACACAGUGUGCGAAAUACCCGUCACGGAGCCUGAGGUGAAUAUUUGUUAAUUAUAUGUUUGAGUAUAUACUACACGUGAACUCCAAAAAUAAAGAAGAUAACACUUUGCCGGGAUUUAUUUGUUUUUAUUAGCGGUUUAUUUGUUGUUAAUAGCGGACAUUUUGCGAUGAAAAAAAUAUCGAGUUUGAGAUGUCAAUCAUGGGAUAUUGCCAAAUAUCCCGAGAUAGCAAACCAAUCAAAUUGCGCCAUUUUAGGAGGUUCAAGUGUAGAAUAUACUAGCCUUACAUAAUAUCUAUUUAUUUAUCUAUGUAUCUGUAUAAUCUGCUGAACACUCUCUUACUAGUCUCUACUCUCAAGGUUCUCAAUCAUGGACAUAUUAUAGAAUGGACACCGGAUUCCAAAAUGGCGCCCAUUCAUUCCUAUGUAAACUGCUCAAUGGCGCAGGGCAACAUCAAGGAGAGAUAUGCUUCCGCAUCGGGGAGCCUAGCCACGCCCUAGUUCAUGACGUACCUGAUGCAGAAAUAUUCUUGUUUUUCAUUGUAGCAUCAUAAGCGCGAGGUAUGAGUGAUCGCAGUUGCAUUGUU